AUGUGCCUCGGUGUCACCCAAAGCACUCGCAGCCGUGGACAGCUCCCUCGCCACGCGGUCCUUUCCUCUGCAGUGAGCACACGCGCGUUCACCCUGCCCGGGUCGGUGUGGUACUCCAUCCACACCAAGUCCGCCAGCGCGUACGAACGCGCUCCCUCCCUCCUCCCUCUCGGUGCCCCCGCCCCUCUCUCACUCCGGCUCACUCCAGCGGCGACUUUGAGGGAUUCCCUCUCGGGCGGCCUCUGCAGCAGCACCACUGGCCUUAUUCGCUGCUCCGCGAGGAUGGAUCUCCGAGGAAGAGCCUUUCUCGGCGUGAAUAGACUUCGAGUUCUUCUGAUGCUUUUCCAUACAAUGGCUCGAAUCAUGGCAGAACAAGAAGUGGAGAAUCUCUCAGGCCUUUCCACUAACCCUGAAAAAGAUAUAUUUGUGGUGCGGGAAAAUGGGACGACGUGUCUCAUGGCAGAGUUUGCAGCCAAAUUUAUUGUCCCUUAUGAUGUGUGGGCCAGCAAUUAUGUAGAUCUAAUCACGGAACAGGCUGAUAUCUCACUGACCCGGGGAGCUGAGGUGAAGGGCCGCUGUGGCCACAACGAGUCGGAGCUGCAGGUGUUCUGGGUGGAUCGCGCGUACGCGCUCAAAAUGCUGUUUGUAAAGGAAAGUCACAACACGUCCAAGGGACCCGAGGCGACGUGGAGGCUGAGCAAGGUCCAGUUUGUCUAUGACUCCUCGGAGAAGACCCAUUUUAAAGACGCGGUCAGUGCUGGGAAGCACACAGCCAACUCGCAUCAUCUCUCUGCCUUGGUCACCCCAGCUGGAAAGUCCUAUGAAUGUCAAGCUCAGCAGACCAUUUCACUAGCCUCCAGUGAUCCGCAGAAGACAGUCACCAUGAUCCUGUCUGCAGUCCACAUCCAGCCCUUUGACAUCAUCUCUGAUUUUGUCUUCAGUGAAGAGCAUAAAUGCCCAGUGGAUGAGCGGGAGCAGUUGGAGGAAACCUUGCCUCUGAUUUUGGGGCUCAUCUUGGGCCUCGUCAUUGUGGUAACACUGGUGAUUUACCAUCUCCACCACAAAAUGACUGCCAACCAGGUCCAGAUCCCUAGGGACCGAUCCCAAUAUAAGCACAUGGGCUAG